CAAAAUAACAUUAUCCCUUUGGUCUCCUCAAGACAGAUCUUUUAGCCUUCCACAACAACAUGGCUGUCCUAGCUCCAAAAAAACCAUCUACCCCAAUCAUCCAUCCUAGGCUACAAACUCACAAGGAAGAUUUGAGUUUGAAAAACUUGUCCGACGAAGCUGUUGCAGGUCAUAUUUAUUCAAAGCAUCGCGACGAUGAUACCAUCAAAAUUGAUGUCGACAACUACAUUUCAUUUCUUCAAAGUGUCUUUUCUAAUGUUCAGCAAAUCAAUGAAGCAUCCUCUCAAGGACAUGAAGGGCGUGUGAUAUAUUCGGAAGAUCCGUAUAAAUCUAAUGUGACGACAAUUGAUCCACCAGUUGAUAUUCUUCAGAAAGUUUCUAUCAAGUUGGCAUUCAAGUCUCCCGGGAUAGAGAAAGCUCACCAGACGACACUUGAGAUUCUUGACAUACUGAUUAUGUAUCCAUGGGAAGCAAAGGCAAUUUUAUGUCUUGCAGCAUUUGGUAGUGACUAUGGACUUCUAUGGCACUUAAACCAUCACUCUCUUUUUGACCCACUUGCUAAAUCCUUAGCAAAUAUUCACCACUCAACUUCAUUGAAAAAGCACUUGGACUCGUUCAGUUAUAGACAAGUUGUUUUCAGCUCAAGGAGUCUAAUCUACUUGUGCUUUGAAAUCAUCAAACUAAUGAAUCAAAUAAGACUUUUCUCCAAAUAUGAUUCCAAGGAAAUUCCUGAAUUGGCUUCUGCCCUUCGUCAAAUUCCACUCUUUACUUAUUGGGUUAUACACGCUAUUGUUGCUUCUUCCACUGAAAUCUCCAGCUAUCUCGCUGAUACUGAGAAUCAAUCACCAACAUAUUUGAAUGAAUUGAAUGAGAGACUCAAUGCCAUCCUAAACACACUUGGAGAUUUCUUGAAUAUUUUUCGAGAACAACUAGAAGAAAUUAAUCUAUAUAGGUGGCUUAUUGAUCACAUUGACCAGUUUCCUACUGAAAUAACAUUAGUCGUGUCUAAGCUGCUUGAAGGCAAGGCUAAUGCUAAGCCUCUAAUAAAUUGUUCAACUUUCAACGAGGAAAGAAUUGAAGAUGCAUUGAGAGAAAAGAAUGUGAUAUUACUGAUUUCUUCUGGAUUGAGCAUUUCAAAUGAUGAUGUUAGAGCUCUGAAUUUAGUGUAUGAAGAGUUGAAAAGAGAGGAUAAUUACAAAAUAGUAUGGAUUCCAGUCAUGAAUUCUCAAGCUUUUGAUGAAGAAAGUCAUAAAAGGUAUGAGUAUUUGAGGUCAACAAUGAAAUGGUAUGCAGUGCAAUAUGGUACAAAAAUUGCUGGAUUAAGGUUUUUGGAAGAGAUUUGGCAACUUAGAGAUGAUGCUUUAAUGGUUGUUCUUGACUCAAAAUCAAAACUCAAAUUUUCAAAUGCAAUUCAUUUGCUUCGUGUUUGGGGAAAUAAUGCCAUUCCUUUUACCCUUGAGAGGGCAAAUGCUUUAUUGAGAAAGAAUUGGCCAGAAUCAACCAUCGUCAAAUUCACCAACCAACCAAGAUUACAAAGUUGGAUUGAUCAAGGAAAGACAAUUUUAUUCUAUGGAGGAAAAGACAUUGAUUGGAUCCAAAAAUUUGAAGAAAAAGUAGUGGACAUCAAGAACGACAGAUCAAUGAGAGACAAUGGCAUUACAUUCGAGAUUGUACCUGUAGGAAUAAACAAAACAACAACAAAAGGAGAAGACAACAACAGUAAUAUGUCUCGUUUUUGGAUAACACAAUGGGGAUUUUUCAUAAUAAAAAGUCAAUUGACAGGAUCAAGUGCAAGUGAAACAACAGAGGACAUCCUACGACUAAUUUCGUAUGAAAAUGAGAAUGGUUGGGCCAUUCUUGCAGUUGGGUCAGCUCCAUUGGUUGUGGCUCGUGGAAACCUGGUUUUGGGAGUGUUUGAAGAUUUAAAUGCAUGGAAAAAGAAUUUGAAUUUAAAGGGUUUUCCUAAUAGUUUCAAAGAUUAUUUUGAUGAGUUGGCUUCAAGGACUCAUCAAUGUGAGAAAGUAAUUCUUCCUGGAUUUAGUGGAUGGAUUCCUAUGAUUGUGAAUUGUCCCGAGUGUCCUCGUUUCAUGGAGACGGGUAUUAAUUUCAAUUGCUGCCAUGGUCGAGAUUAACUUAACAAAUGAGAAGAUAAAAGUUUUUAUAAGCUUGAGGGAAGCUCUUGCAACUGCCCUAAUAUGUUAUGUAUUAUUCUACUAAUAAUUAAAUAAUGAGGUUGUUGUUCUAUCUUCA